AUGGUGGACACGACCGUGAACGCGCAGGUGUACGACAUCGACGGCUUCGCCACGCCCGCGGCGACGAUCCGACGGCUGCAGGCGGCGGGGCGCAAGGUGAUCUGCUACUUCAGCUUCGGAUCCGCCGAGGACUACCGCGCCGACUACUCCCAGUUCCCGCGCUCCACGCUCGGUGGCCUCGUGUGUAACAGCGACGACUGUUCCGAGGUGUGGGAGGGCGAGCGGUGGCUGGAUGUGCGCAGCAACGUGGUGCGGAGUGUACUGGAGAAGCGCGUUCAGCUGGCGAAGCGCAAGGGGUGUGACGGCAUAGAGCCGGACAACGUGGACGCGUGGAGCAACAACAUCAUGUACAAGACCAUCAGCCACUUCAAGAUCACUGCUGCUGACCAGGCCAACUUCAACCUCUGGAUCGCCCGCACUGUGCACAAGUACGGCAUGUCAGUGGGCCUCAAGAACCCCGGGCCCCUGCUGCCGUCCCAGAUGGCAGCAGCGUUUGACUGGGCGCUGGUGGAGCAGUGCAACGAGUACAGCGUAUGGGGCGGUGGAGGCGCAUGGUACAGCGGCAGGUACGGGUGCGAUUACGCGAACGAGUUCAUCGUGCGCAGCAAGGCCGUGUUCAUCGCCGAGUAUACCGACUCCUGGGGGACAGCCGCGGGGCGCAAGAACGGCAUCCAGUUCCCCCAGGCCAUGUGUGCGGACAACAACGCACACGGCUUCACGACGCGCCUCUACAGCAUGGACCUCGAGCCGGGUUACCGCUACCCCUUUGCUGACUGCCUGCGCCACAAGCCUGCCGGGUGCAACGUGUGGCAGCAGUGCGUGCAGCCCUCUGUGUAUAAGACAUUCGUGCGCAGCGGUAUGAAGCGGUGGGAUGCGGUGGGGCAGUGCAUGCGCAGCAAGGUGGGGCAGUGCGCGUACAAAUGA